ACGCGACUCAGGGUAAAGUUCACAUUGACCAGUCUGCAUCUCGAUACCGGUUCAAGAUAAAGCGUAGUCAGCCCCAAUACCAAUAUCAUGCCAACCUCUGCGGCUAACUAGUCAGCCUCAAGUAAAGGACGCCCGCCCCGUCCUCCGUUCGUACAGUCCUCAGCCCCACUCUGUCUCUUGUCCUCUUACUUUCUUCUUCGCCCAGGCGGCGUCCUUAUUCCUUCAGCCUUCGUUGACCGAAGUGCACCUCACACUCGUUUCUCUUUCAACCUGUCUCCCCUCGCCUCCAUCUCCUACGUGCUUUACGUACAUUCUGUGCACAUCGAGUCCGACCGGGAAUGUCGCCACCAGAAGAGAGCGCCAAAUUCAAGCUGCGCAAGGCCAAGGUGCGCGAGCUCGAGCGGCAGCAGGAGCUUGAGGACGCUGCACACCUGGGCAUGUCCGCGGAGGAGCACGCGCUUCUGCAGGCGACGUUCGUGUGCGUACAUGCCGAGUUCGAGGAUCUCGAUGGGAUGAGUUGGGCUUCGCACGCGGCACAGGGGAUUCUCCGGGAAUGGGUGAGUGAUAUCUUGUUUUCUGGCUGCUUGAAGGCGCUGUGAGCGUGGUGCUAAGGGAGGGCGGCUUACUGUAGAAACGGAAGAAAGCGCUGCAGAUCAUCUCUGCCGGACGACAGAAGAAGGGUCUUCCCGCCUUGUGUACGCCAUCCCUCCGGCGGUCGCGCAGCUCGAGUCGCAGCCGCAGCUCCGGUGGAUUCACCAUGCCCGCCUUGGCACGCACGCGACCAUCCAUCCCCGUGGCACUGCUGGACGGCCCGCGCCCGCUGAUGCAGCCUGGCCCCCGCUUUGCCAAAAUCCUCGACCGCGAAGCGAAUCGCACGCAGUUCAGGGACGAGGAAGACGACUGGCUGGACAACGAUAACUUGGAUGAAAAGCUGUCGUCAGCCAUACGGAGCAUCGCGGAGCCCAUGGAUCAGACUCAGGAACAGAGGAUAGCGUCUGUGAGGCAGUGCGCGACGCUCGGACGCAGCUGGCGCGGAGGAUUGAAGACGCGAAAUGCGAUUCCUGCACCGUUCUAUACCGUGCGCGGUCCGAGGAAAGAACGGCGUUCGACUCACUUGGAGAGGUACUUCGACUCCGGUGGCCAAGACACGGAGCCGUUGAGCAGCGCUUUCAGCUCAUAUGACGCGGGGAUAGAUGACGACGAUCAGGAGACGGUCCGAGGCGAAGAGCUGGGAGGUCAGGGGCGCACCGUCGACUACGACCAGGACGAGGCGUCGGCGUCGUUUCAUGAUAGCACGCCUGGCGGUAACGAAGCCGAGCCAGGACAGCGCACCACAACCACAGGAGAGUGCGCCACGACAGUAGAAACCACGGUCGUCAGCACAAAAGCCCUGCCAGUGCCGCCUCCAAUCAUAGCGGCGUCACCUCGACUCGGCGGUUCAGCCAGCGCCCUGUGGGGCACGGAUGGCGGUGGUCAGCGCGCCGCUGGUAGUCCUACGUUGGGAAGCGUCAGAAUGGGAAGAGGUAAAAGACGAAGCGCUGCGAUGGGGAGUCCCACCAGCCCUCGUGUGGUCAGCUUCCAUCGCGAGCGCUGUGGGAUCGCGGUGUGCAAUUCCGCGAGGAAGAGGGCGGGGCCAACUGACGUGGUUGCAUGAACAUCUUGUAUACCGAUGGGCGUGGUGGACUCAUAAGGCUCU